AUGACAGAGACACGCCUGCACGUUCUACUUCUUAGUCCCCACCUGAGACCGCCAAUCAGCCAGCUUUACUUGCGUGAAGCCACUGGCUUUUAUGCUAGCCGAGUUCACUAUUUCAAGGGAAAGAACUGGCAACUACGCAGCUUGAAGGACGGACAUGGCUGCUUCUUCAUCGUGCCGGUCAGCGUCAAUACGGGGGGCAGCGCUUACAAUCGCCCCAUCAUUAGCGACAUCCUCCUCAAGCACUUCAUCCCGAAGUUUGACCGAGCCAUUUGGGGUGAGAAGAGCACCAAGGGCAAAGUUCACCUCCCAACCCCUUUAGGAGACAAUUUUAACCUUGGAGCGCAAGGAUGGAAUGAUGCAGGGGAGAAGGAGCUGGACAACAUGGCAAAGGAGGAAGCCAUUAUGUACAACUUGAUCGGGCACGAGUUGGCAGAUGUGAUUGUGGCGUGCAAUGCGUUGGCUAGAAAUCUGCAGGCUAUGAGGGAACGCAAGAAGCGCGAAGACUUUCUACAUGAAUACUACAAUGAAACGGUGGAGGCGACAGCAAGGGGCUUCAAGCAUGUGGGCGCAACGGCGGAUGGCAUCAAACGUGAAGUGGAAAGCAUGAUGCUUGACCCGAUGACAGAUUGGGGAAAGAGUUCCUUGCCGGUGCCGGCGCACUUGUGGAAAUUCCCAGCCAAAUAG